UCACUCUGCAAGCCUCCAUGCACUCUGGUGAUAAAUAACAUGAGACCCAACGCCGCCGUGCAGACCCAAAUGGCCGAAGAGCCCACCCACGACAUGAAGCUCCUGGUGCCGAACGGCGGCGGCGGCGCGCAGAAUAAGCCACCGCCGCCGCUGGUCGACAGGACCCUGAGCGGUGCCAGCGACAUCAUCAAGCUCCUGCCGACCGGAACGGUCAUGGCAUUUCACGCCCUGGCACCGUCCUUCAGCAACCACGGCUCGUGCGGGGCGGCCAGCCGGUACCUCACCCUCGCGCUCGUCGGCGCCUGCGCCGCCUCCUGCGUGCUGCUCUCCUUCACCGACAGCCUCGUCGGCCGCGACAGCCGGCUCUACUACGGCGUGGCCACGCCGCGGGGCUUCUACCCGUUCAACUUCGACGGCACCGGCGAGGAGAGGCGGCGCAAGUUCGGGGACCUGCCAUGGAUGAAGGUCAGACCGCUGGACUUCGUGCACGCGCUCGUCUCGGCAGUGAUGUUCGUUGUCGUCGCGCUCGGCAACGCCGGCGUGCAGAGCUGCCUGUUCCCGGACGUCGGGGCGGACGUUAGGGAGGUGCUCAUGAACCUGCCGGUGGGGCUAGGGUUCCUUUCCAGCAUGGUGUUCAUGAUCUUCCCGACGACCCGGAAGAGCAUCGGGUACACCGAUUUGAUGCCUCACAAACAGGAAGACGAGGGGAAAGGAAGCAAAAGUGCCCUAAGCAUGUCGACUGUAUGAUGAAACAGACCCACAGUACUAGGGAAGGAAGCUGUGAUUAUUAAUCGUCUCUGUAUAUUGCAUAUACAUUCUCUAUUUCGGUACAUGUAGAGAAAUAUAUUAAUGUGUUAGACUAACUAUAAUGUACUCCCGUCACAUAUUACUAUUGGAACGUUGUUUGUGCAUUUGUAAACAGAUAAGGCAAUAUUAUCUAUGUGAUUCUAUUAUUCUAAGGAAACAA